AUGUUAAUAACUAUUUAUGCAAUUGUUAAUCGACAAAGUGAUGCUUGGCAAAAUCUUGUGUGCAUCUAUGAUAUUCUACGAUCUGAUCUCAAAGCAGCAAUUAAUGAAAUUUGGUUAUGCUUAAAUUCUGUUAUUAUAUCCCUUUCAAAAGUUAUAACUGUUACAAAAAUUAUAGAAUUGCUAAUAAUCAGAUUUAUUAUGGUAUUAAUACCUGAUGUUCUACAAUUCAUAUUAAAAACUUUGAACAAACUUGGUAAAAUUCAAUUUGAUUUAGUUACGUGUAAUUUUUAUAAUGUUACAAUGAAGUAA